GUAUUGUCCACAUACCUUCUUAAGAGUAGUGAAGCAAAUAUGGCAUACUCUCAACUUCAAAAGGUGGAAACUAGCCUGCAGAUCAAGGCUUCUGCUGAACAGUUCUAUGAUGUUUUUUGCAACAAGCCACACACUAUUGCCAACAUUUCACCAGAAAAUAUUCAGUCAGUUGAAGUUCAUAAAGGUGAAUGGGGCAAAGAGGGAUCAAUCGUCUCCUGGAACUAUUUACAUGAGGGAACAGUUUGUGUAGCCAAGCAAGUGCUUGAAGGCAUAGACAAGGAAAAUAACAAAAUGACAAUGAAGGUCAUAGAGGGUGACGUGCUGGGACUCUACAAGAGCUUCAAGUCUAAUUUGCAAGUUACUCCAAAAGGAAAGGGCAGCGUAGUGCUUUGGGCAAUGGAAUACGAGAAACAAGAGGACCACAUUCCUGACGCUCAUACCUUGUUGCAACUGGCUGUUGUGGUUAGCAAAAAAAUUGAUGCUUACCUUACUCAGGGGCACAACUAAAUCAUCAAAUUAAGCUCAUGUUUUACUCUACUAAUGCUAUCUAAGAAAUAAAAAUUGAUGUAUUAUGGGGCUUAAUUGACCCUUAAUUCCAUCAAUUUCAUAUGUUAAAAGCUGAAUAAAGUGCAUCAGCCACGACUAGGCGUGAGUUGGGCACAAGUGUGUUAUGUUGUUCUAUUGUGUUUCGUGUGAUUGUCGUUGAUUGUAACCUGAGACUGAAAAGUCAUUUGCUUUGAAAUCUCCUUUACUUUUGUGUGGAA